GUCCUUCCAAAUAGACCCGAAUGUGGUUGUCUAUGAAGUUUUUGUUGGUUAUAUGAAAUUUAUAUCAGAUACACGAGACUAGCAUUGUCAACUGCUCAAUGGCACAUGUUCUAUGCUUUCUUCUCUCCAAUGUGGAACAUAAAAAGACAUUGGAGUGGGCGUUGACCAGCUCAAAAAGUAAGGAAUGAGCACGUGAAAGAGAAGGAAGUAAAGAAGAAAAAUGUUUUGUGUUUCUUGACCAAGGGAGGAGCCCCUUUCAUUCCUCGGCUAAAGGUAUGUCUCUGAAACCAAUUCCCAGAUAUUGAUAUUCUUGUUUUUGUUUUCCAAGAUUUAACAUCCAGAGAGAUUAGGCAUGUGCUCUCACAUGCCAUCUGCUUCCAUCUUUCAACUUGGUUUUGAUGAUAUUCUUUGUUUUCCAAUUUUCUUUUAUGUUAGAUUAUAGAUUUGAGUUAUCUUGAUCUUUCUCAAUAAUUAAUAAUAGAACACUGACACAAUUCUUAUAUAUAUAUAUAAUUUGGAUGAAGUGCUCUAGAAACAAAAAUUGAAGUAUACUUGGAAAUGUGAAUCCUGUCCCAGUUGGUUUGGUUUGAUGGGAAUCCAAUUCAAUUCAUGCACCCCAAUACCUUAACAUCCUCUUCCUAACACUUCAUGGAGACACAACAUUUUGUUUAUUAUUAAUUUCUUUUACAGUUUCCAUCUUCCACCUUUUUAUCAGUGAAGCUAUGUCAACAUCACCAGUUUCAUUAUCUCAUAAGUUAAGAGUUACAACCAUGUAUAAUAUAUAGUUAUGUCAAUAAUGAUUUUAUUCAGAUGUAUUGUGGAUAUUACCCAUUCUCUUCUAUUCAUGAGAGUUUAAGAUCAAAAUAAGAUAUGAACUUAUUUAUAGUUUGUCUUCAUCUCACCCAAGCUGUUUGCUAGAGCGGCAUGUUAAUGUGGGGAAUGGAAUAGGGCUGAAAUGGGGGAGAUUACUAGGUUCUAUAUGCCAAUAAUUAUUUUUAUAAAUUAUGUGGUAUUGGACAUUGGUGCAGCUUGUCAACUUAAAGUAUUGAUGAGAAAUUUGACCUAAAAGCCAUGUUCAAUAUUCCAUGCCUCAGCUUUAGCAUGCAUGAAACAAAUGCCUUUUCAAGUUUUCUUUAUCUUUCUUUUCUCUGUUCAUUCUCUAUUCUAAAUUUCAUUCCACAUUCUGGCUGGUUAAAAUGUGUACUUAUAUCGUAUCAUCUUAUUUCUCUCAAACUUGGUUUAGCCAAAACCUGCUAUUUGUUAUUAUGUUAAAUUAGAAAUUUAUCUAUAUAUUUUGAACAUUGUAUCUAAUUUGUGAGCUUUAAUUAUGUCAUAUAAUUUUUAAUUAUGCUUUACUUAACCAUGAACUUUUUAGUCAACAAUUGCAGGUAUGGAGGAUUGAACUUUCAACAUCUAGAGUAGAAGGUCAUGCCUAUUACCGCUAAGCUAAACUACUUUGUCUCUACUCAAUCAUGAUUGCUAAAAUUAUUGACAAAACACUGAUAUAAUAUAUCUAUUAGAUAAAUUGUGACUUAGUUGAUGUGAUAUAGCAAAUAUGAUUAUAGAUAACUAAACAAUUUUUUUUAACGUUAACUGAACCUGAUUAUUUGACCCUUUGGCCAAAUAUGCCUAACUUGACUACAACACUUAGUGUAUGUCAUGGCAACAUAUGACAAAAGUUUAUUUAGUAAUUGAAUUUAGUUUUUCAACUUAAACUCUUCCAUUUUAAUUCUCAACUUGUAUUGAAGUCGAGUUUUUGCCUCUAUUGUUCAAAUAGUAAUCUAGAUUUGACAUAUAGAUAAUGAAUAGAGUUGGAUCAUGAUAUCUUGAAACAUAUAUAUAAUUUUAUUUAAAAAAAAAUUAUGUGUAGUUAAGUAGAAGGUGAGGAAUUGAAAUUAGACGCCACCAUGAACCUAAAAACAUUCUAUAUUUGUUUUAAAAGUAAGAGAUUUGAAUUCUCAUACCAUAUAACUAAAAAGUAUUGAUAAUAAAGUUGAAUAACCCAUGAGAAUCAUCAAAACAAUGAAUUAAAAAGUAAGUUUUCUAGGAGUAAACUCAUGGGUCAUUUCCCAGCAGUAAAGAUAAUGAUUGGAUAUAUACAUAUGGAGGGAAGAUUAUUGAAUGGAAAUAGCCUUACAUCAUACCUCAUUAUUAUAGAGAUUGAAUAAGAACGAAAAAUUAGGCAACCCCUAACAUAUAGCAAAGCAUCAUAGCUUUGUAGAGAAAAAAAGGCUGGAAUCAAGUUAAAUGCCUACCUAGUUAGUGCUGACAACCUUUUUGUGAUGUUCUUCACAAUUCUUUUGGAUCCAUUAUUAACAUUUUCUUUUGGAUCCAUUAUUAAAUUGAAAAUGUAGUCUCACCUUGAAGUUAUAGCCAUAAAUUUGGUAUCUAUUUUGCAUCAACGUCACUUUGUCACACAUUAGAGUCAAUCUUUAUCAUUCAAAUUUUAUACUCUAGUAUGUGUUCGUUACCGAAAGGUCUCUAGUUUGAAUCCCCACUCCCUAGUGUAGUAUAAAAAAAAAAAUAUUUAUAUCGAGAGAUAUUGCAAUUACCACUCGCAAUAAUUUAUUAACAAUUGCUUCACAAUCGACAAACAAAUUUUUACUUGGAAUAAUCAAUGGAUUACCAAUAUUAAUGACCAAUUUACUCAACCCAGAUGGCCAGAUAUAGACUAGAGUAUUGACUAUUUUUUUUUAAUUAUUUUAUUUUUUAAACCAUGUUGAUAAAAUUUACUUCUUAAAUUGCCACCUCCCAAGAAUGCCCCUUUAAAAUGCCUAUUUCCCAACAGGUGAAGAAGCUCCAAUUAUUAAGCAGCUUCUGCACAAAAAGUUUCUAAAUAUUUUGAUAACUUUCAAACAAAACAAUAACAUUUGAAUUCAAAAGCAAGGUCUUUAGUUUGUCCAAAUUCUUCUUCAAUCAUAUGGGAUAUAGACAUCUGAAUAAAGAGUUUUAAACAUGUGGUGGUUGUUUCCAGACAGGACCGCAAUCUUAAAAAAACAAUGGUAUAUAUAAUAACUAACAACGAAAAAUCCAAUGUUGUCUGUAAAAAUAUAGCAGCUACCUAUAAAGCUAUGAAGAUCACAACCAAUGAACAAUGAAUUCAAAGAACUUGGAUUCAUAACCAUCAUACCUUAUCGUAUCAAAUCAAAUCAAAUCGAAGUUGAAUGGUUAAAUGUAUAAGCAAUUCUUGUUUGUGUCCCCCAAAAAAUCUUGUCCCCCAAAAUUUCUUAUCUUUUCAAAUGCCAGCUUCUGGAUCCAAGAGGGACACAUCUCCAUAAUUUUUUUAACUGCUUUGUGCUUUUGUAGAAAUUUUGGUGAUUCCUUGGGAAAUGGCCAUUGUUAUCAAUGUGCUGUUCUUGAGAACUCUUGUUUUGUUCAUUUGGUUGGUCUCCUCUUCAUUUGGAGAGAGCUUGUUGAGCUGCGAUUCGACGUCGCCUGAUGCUUUCGGCUUCCGUUGCAAUGUAAAUGAGACUCUGGUGCAGUGUGGAACAUUUGCAGUUCUUUUCGCUAAUUCAGAGUUUUCAUCUCUCUUUAACCUUAGCUUUUACUUGGGGAUCAACCAAUUUGCCAUUGCUGAAAUCAAUGGUUUCUCUGCUGACACAGAGUUUCUUCCUAAAAACCAACCUUUACUGAUACCAAUUGAGUGUAAAUGCAAUGGAAGUUUCUUCCUAGCUGAGUUGACAAAAACUGCCAACAAAGGAGAGAGCUUUUACAGCAUUGCUGAAUCAUUGGAGGGCUUAACAACUUGCAAAGCAAUGAUGGAGAAGAAUCCCGGGGUGUCGCCGUGGGGACUCGGAGACUCGAUUCGGUUACUGAUACCGAUGAGAUGUGGCUGUCCAUCUUCCUAUGCUGGUGGCCCAAAACCAAGGCUCUUGAUCUCCUACCCUGUGAGACAAGGUGACACAAUUUUCAAUUUAGCCACAAACUUCAAUACAACUCCUGAAUCUAUUAUAUCUGCUAACAGCAGAUCCUUAGCUACCUUCAAACCACAAAGCCUUGUACCAUUUUCAACUCUACUGAUUCCGGUGAAUGGUGAACCAAUCCUCAGUUCUUUGGCAAAACCGAAUCAACCAAAUUUACAUCUUCCUUCCACCAGCCUCCCCGCGGUCAAAUCGCACAAGAAUAAAGCGAAAAUGGUGCAUUUUGGGGUUUACAUUGCACUUGGUGUAACUAUACUUGGAGUGUGCUUUGCUGCAAUAGCAUGCUUCUUUGUAAUCAAGCUGAAAAAAGACAAGCAGAAGAAGACACAGAAAUCAUAUGAAGAAAGAGGUGAGAUGGAGCUACAACAGCUUAGUCUCAGUAUUAGAACAGCAAGUGAUAAGAAAUUCUCUUUUGAGGGAUCCCAAGACACUUUUGACAGUCACCUCCUCGAAUCGAAUGCAAGCAAGAUGCUCAUUUCGAUGUACACGGUUGAGGAGAUUCGGAGGGCGACGGAGAAUUUUAAUCCGACAAAUCAGAUAGAAGGUUCUAUGUAUCAAGGACGUCUCAAUGGGAAGAACAUGGCAAUAAAGAGGACAGAGAAUGAAACUAUCUCCAAGAUUGAGUUUAACCUUUUACAUGAAAUCAAACAUCCAAGCAUAUUGAGGCUUUCGGGAAUAUGUUUAACUGAGGAUCCUGAUUCCUUUCUGGUUUUCGAAUAUGCGAAAAAUGGAUCCUUAAGGGACUGGCUACAUGGUGGUUUGGCAAUGAAAAACCAAUUCAUCAUCUCUUGCUAUUGUUUCUUAACAUGGAGUCAAAGGCUGCAUAUCUGUCUCAACGUCGCUGCCGGGUUACAGCAUAUGCACCACAUUAUGAAACCAGUUUACGUUCAUCGGAACAUCAAGAGCAGAAACGUUUUCUUAGAUGAGGAUUUCAAUGCAAGGAUUGGGAAUUUUGGAAUGGCAAGAUGUGCUCAAAAUGACAUUGAAGACCCAAAUUUCUGUUCAUCCAAUCCAGCCUCUUGGAGCUUGGGUUAUUUGGCUCCUGAGUACAUCCACCAAGGUAUAAUUUCCCCAUCCAUUGACAUAUUUGCUUAUGGGGUGAUUUUGUUAGAGGUUUUGUCUGGGAAAACACCAAUAACAAAGCCAAAUGCCAAUGGUGAAGGAAGUGUUUGGCUAACAGAGAAAAUCAAGGCCAUCAUGGAAUCAGAUAGUGCAGAAGAAUUGAGGGAAUGGAUGGACAGUGCAUUGGGAGAUAACUAUCCAUUUCAUGCAGCAGUCAAAUUGGCUAAACUUGCAAGAGCUUGUGUCGAGGAAGAUCAUUCAUUGCGUCCAAGUGCGGCAGAAGUUUUCGAUAAGUUAUCGAGAUUAGUCGAAGAAUUGCCCGAAGGAGAUCAGAGUGUCAGCUGCGAAAGCUCUACGAAGCCUCUUGUGAAGGGACUACAGGCUUCUGAAACAAAUCCAUAAACAACUUCAUUGAACAAACAGAGCCUUCACUUUCAGUUCCUAUUUCAAGCCUUGCUGUCAUGUAAUUUAAGUAAGCUAAUGAGUGUUCAUUUUUGGCUUCAGUUUCCUUCUCUCUUAGUGAAUUAAUACAAUGGGUUAGUUUUGUACUUUAGUUUUUAUUUCACUUGCAUCAUUAAUGGAAAGAGUCUCUACCAUUCUACUAAAAAAAUAUUGGCUAAAAACAAGAA